AUGGGUGCCAUAUCGACAGUGGUCCAGCAGAAGCGGCUGUCCAUCUCUCGAGGCCACACUCACAUUGGGCUGUCCUCCGCAUCGACUGUCCGUCAACAUGACGACGAUAGACGGUUCGGCGACAUUCAUUGUCCACACUUCACGUAUGACCGUGAUACUGUACAUCAGUACCGAGAGAUAAGCGAAAGUGACUUCAUCUUGCGGAAUUACUCCACAGUCCAAAAGUCCCAGGGCAUGGUCCCCGGGGGUCGCAGGCUCAAGAAGUACCGGGGAGUCCUGGGAAACAGGGCCUUUCACGCACCGGGGAAGUUUUAUUUCGAAGUGCGCAUCAUGUAUAAUAUUGUGCGCCCCCUGGACAACAUAAACUUUGUGUUUGAAGUUGGUGUCAGUCGUCGCGGUGACGUAGAUCACAAUUACUACAUCUACGAUCAGCCAAAUGCUUGGUCAUUUUGUGGACAACACUGUGAUGACCACAAGCAGGUAUGCGCGUGGUGUCGUCACCAUGGCUUCAACCUGGCGCACAUGCCACUCUCUUUGAAUACAGCGGGCACCACGCUUGACAGGAAGUUUGGAUUCUUGUUGGACUCUGACCGACGUCAAUUGACGGUGUUUGACGUCACGCGUAACCGAAAGGUCCACAGUUUCACUGACGUUGAUUUUAGUUCUGGACUAUGGCCUGUAUUCGGAUGUCAUUGGCCAAGCAAAGUGAAGCUUGAAAUGAUUUUACGGACUGGCAAGGACAUUGAAAGUAUUGCAGAUGUCGUCCGUCAAGCAUGACACUCAUCGUUGAAAAAAUAGAGCAUUAUAUUAUGGCAUAAAGACCACUAACUAAAUGUUCCUAAAUAUUGUAUAGGGAAUUGAACGAUUUGACAUGACUCGGAUUUCAAGUGCUUCAAGAUCCCAAACGCCAUUGAUGGGAUGAGCACUACACUUGCUUACUGAACAUUUAAGAACAUUUGAAAAAUGUACGUUUCCUAUAAGAAAAAACAAUGGUUGAACGUUACCAUUGUUUAUUCUUUUAAGUUGCGCAAUCCCGCGUAGAACAAUCAUUGUGGUGAAAAUCAAGUAGAUCCAGCAUUAUCUUUAAAUCACAAACCAUUCAGCUUAAAAACCUAUCAAACUUGAAAGUAGGCAAUGAUCUGAUAUUGUAAAAAACAUUCUCUGUUUCAUUAUCCUGUGUUAAUAAAAACACGAAAAAAACCAUGUAACAUUGUAGUGAGUAGUCACUUCCGAAUCGGUGUAAUCUAUCCUAUAACAACCUGGCAGAUCAAAAAGAACUUUGUUUUGCUGAACGACCUCUUCGACUAUGGUUUCUGGCUCAGAGAGGAUGAAAAGUGUUACUGCGAAGUUCCUUGGUUGUCUUAAUUCUCACCACUGCUUGGUUCUCAACAUACGUGUUUGGAUUUUUGUUUUUUAUUAUGAACUCUAAAAGAGAAAACCGUUUCUUUUCUGGAUGUAAUAA